GGUUUGACAUUAGAAAAAAUGGUUUCUGUUGGAGCUGAUGUGACCCUGUCUUGUCCACGCCUGAACUCUGAUAUUGAUGCAAACUUGUUUUGGAUCAGAUUUAUUCCUGGAAGCUGGCCGGAAUUUCUGGGAGGAACAUAUUCCUUUGAUUUUGAAAAUAAUGAUAAUGAGAUUACCCAUAUCAAAGCAAAACAAGCACCAGAAACCUUUCGCCUGUAUAUUAGUAAAGUUAAGGAAAGUGACGCUGGCCUGUACUACUGUAUAAAAGUUGAGGUGCUCAUCCUGACAUUCUUGAAAGGAGAGUUUUUAAGAAUUAAAGGAACAGAACCGAACAUCACUGCCAUCAUCCAACACCCUCUACCUGAUAUAGUCCAUCCAGGAAACCCAGUUUCUCUACGGUGUUCAGUCCUCUUUAACUCUCAAGAUAAAACUUCUCCAAUGGAUCAUAGGGUGUACUGGUUCCAAGCUGGAUCAAAUAAGUCUUAUCCCAGUUUCAUUUAUGCUCAUGGAAACCAUGGUAAUGAAUGCAAGAACAGUCCUGAGGAUCAUUCUGGACGAAAGUGUGUCUACAACUUCUCUAAGAACGUCAGUGCUUCUGAUGCUGGGACUUAUUAUUGUGCUGUGGCCUCCUGUGGAGUGGUACUGUUUGGUAAUGGAACAAAACUGGACAUAGAAGGAAAGAUCCCAAAUCGAAGAGAGGACACAAAGAAAAAUCAGAGGCAGUCUACAAUGGUGUCAGUGGAUUAG